AUGGAUCGCUUCCAUCAGCCAAGCCACAGGGGCCCAAAAGCCCAGAAGAAGGCCGAGAAGUGCAUCUCGACCUGGCGAAAAGGAAAAGGUCCCAGAGAUGAGCGACCCAAUUUGGGGAAGGUGAGCAAUGUCUCAUUGCUGAAGGGUUUGGCAUCUAGAACUGCGGUUCUUACAGACAGGCCCCUUGGUAUGCCAGGGGAUUCGGAAGAGGCGGUUUGGGUGGAGUACUUCCGCGGAGUGAAGACCACUUGGCGGGUGUGCUUCACUGUCAAGAACUUCACGCUUACGCAGCUUCUGCAGCGCCAGAACGAGUGGCUGCAACUCCGGCAGGCUAUCGUGACAGCGACGCGUUAUGGACUUCAGAAGUCCUUGAUUCGGGAACGCGGUGAGUUCAGGGCCCCUGUGUCGAAGAUCGUCGUGGAGGCCGUGAGGCUGUUGAGUGAAAAUCCCAAGGGGGACUCGGGAGUAACCUUUGCCACCAACGUCUUCUUGGAAUGUGCUGCAGAAGAUGAGGCAGAAGCUGUGGUGCGCAAAGCCAUGAAAAGCAGCGGCUUGAAAGCGGACUUUGCCGAGGUCCUCACCGGCUGCCUGCGACAGCUGGAACGAGGCCCUUCGGUUUCUGCAGAGGGGGUCACCGUGGCCCAGGAGCUGCCAAGGGAGAUCGAGCUGAGGGGCGGUCACGGGGAGCAGCUCUUCGUGGCAGCCGUUCCCGACUGCAGCCGUGCAGCUAACCACGGGCUUUGCGAAGGCUUCGAGCUCCUGGCCGUGGUACUCGGACCUCCCGGGGAAAAGAAAUCUAUCCAGGAAAAGGCUUUGCAGGCCCUUCGCAGCGAUCAGGUGCUGUCCAAGCUGGCGCCGGUUUCGGUCCGGCUCUGCUUUCGGAGUCCCUUUGCCAAGCUCCCGCGCUUUUCCUCCAAGCAGCUGGCCGAUCGCAUGGGCUUCGGGAAGAUCCGGGAGCUGCACUUCCACCGGCUCGUAGAGAAUUUGAAGUACGACUGGCGACCGCUGCACUUGGAGAAGCGCCAUGAGCUGCGGCAGCUGGAGAGGGCCUGUGAUGCAGAUGACUCCGGUCGUGCGAUGCUCGUGGAAAACAUCCAGUGGGGAAGCCGUGAGCUGCAGAGCGACUCGAUGCUGCGCUUGAACUCUCGGGCCGACUUCCUUCUGAUGUCAGAGCUCGGUGAGCUUCCCCUCCCCGAGAAGCUCGAAAUCGGAAGGCCCCGCGACGCUCGGAAGCUUCGGCUGAAAGGCCUUCGGGAGGCCUUGCGGGAAGCGGGCAUCCACUGGCUCCGCGAGCCGGAGGAAGAGAUGCUCCUUGAGGUUCUGCAGAACGAGCGCUUCAAAGGAGAUGAUGAAAGCGGCGAAAGCUGGGAGGAGGGCUUGGCCGAUGCUUUCGUCAUCGACUCGGCAGGCCACUUCGCGAAGAUUGGCUCCGGAACUUUGAGGACACAUCAUGUUUUCCACGUGACCAAGAAGAUCACAGAGACACUGCGCUGCAAAGCAGAGGCGAAGGGAGGAAUGCUCCCUGCAUCGAUCUCGAGAUCGGAGUUUGCCAGCAUCCUCAACGCGGGAAGCAUCAUGUGGCUGACCCGAGAGCAGAUGGAUGUCAUCUUCUCUGUGAUUGGAGGUCAAGAUGCAGAGGCCGGGAUCAGCCUCAGCGACUGGGUCUCCCGCUUCUCCUGGGAUCCGAUGCAGGCGGCCACGGAGGUGCAGCGGGUUCUGGAUGUCUGGGCCCGGCGCUUUGCCGACAGGUCCGUGCCGUACUUCAGGGGCUGGAGUGUGCAGAACCAGGGACGCGCCGCCUAUUACCCCCCUCCCCGGCCUCGAAGCUUGCGCUUCUGGGAUUUCCAUAUGGUGCUCACGGACAUGGGGGUGCACUGGCUGAGCUUAGAGCAGCAGCGCCUCUUGUUUCAGUCGCUGGACGCGAAUCGAAAUGGCCGUGUGGAGGUGGAGGAGUUGCAGGUUUUCGCUGACAAGAGGGUGGAAGUUGAGAUGAAAAGGGUGGAGCGCAUGGCCUCGGCGGGAGAGGAUGACUCAGAUGUUGAGGAGGUUUCAGAAGACCGCGUCCAGACAGGGGUCGCGGCCGAGGCGGAGGCAGAGGAGGAGGAGGAGGAGGCUGAUGCUGAGGUUGCGGACGAGUCCAGGGAUCCCGAUAGCCCUGCAACGAAGUACACAGCUUCUGAAUUCUACGACGAGGCUUCUGAUACUCCCCAGGAGCACGGGGAGGUGCCGAAGGAAUCCGAGGAGAGUCAUAAGAUGCAGCAAAGCCUGCAGCUCUCCGAAGCCCCGAGUGGUGACUACAGCGGUUCCCUCUCGCAAAGCGCGAGUCCUAAGAGUGCCGGUCCUGACAGCCCAGCAAGCGGAUACCCCGACUCUUUCGAAAGCCCCUGA